GAGAAGUAGCGGCUUAGUGUUUAGAGUACGAUGCAUAGCGUGUGGAAACAAAUGUGUGUCAAGUUUGUGCGAGAUGUUCAACAACGGUGACGCAUGAUUGUGAUAAAUGAUAACUUAGUUAAACGAUCCUGUGGACGUUGGCGCCAAGAAGCGUUCCAGUUACCGUCCGGACGGCCAUACAUUGUAACGUACAUCUUCGUCGUUGAGAAACCUUAGGACGAGGGGAGGCGAAGGCGAUAAUUUCGGUGGAGGAUUCGCGGUGACGGGUUACGGAAUUUCGGAGGGUCGGAACGGCGGGCAAAUGGGGGAGAAUCAUCAGCAACAGCAGCAGCAGCAGCAGCAGGAGGAUCAGGAUCGGGGACAGCCGCCACGUCUUCGUUCGAUCAACAACUAUCAGAAAUCCUUCGUUAAGUUCAUCAACAAGACGACGCGGAACGUCGCUUUGUAUUGGAUCAAUUACCGGGGACGGGCGAUCAAGUACGGUGUGCUGUUGCCCGGGGAUUUCUUGGAUAUCAACACUUUCGUCACCCAUCCGUGGAUCUUCGUUGACGAUGAGACGAACGACAGGUACACGGUUAAUCAGAGGAACGUCUUCUUUCCGGAACCGUGGGUCAGACGAAGAGAAGAUUCCGGGCGACCUAGGACGAACGUAUACAUCACGCUGCCGCUGUACACGUUGCGCGAGAUGUCACUGAGGGUCAUCGGGAGGUGUAUAACGCGUAUCGAGCAGGUCUUUCAGCUCGACAUUCCAAGGAGCCUUCAGUACGAGCUGAAGGAGAUGCUGUUCGUUGCUUCGGAAGAGUCUGAGGGGCAGAUCCAUCCUCGUGUAGAUCGUGGUUCGACUGUCAACGGCCACAAUAAUUUGCCCCCACCGCAAUGAGUCGAAUCCUGUCGAUUCUGCCAACACUUUGUUACGUUUAAUUAUUUCUUGUUGACGGAGCGUGUUGAGAGAAUGUUUUCUUUCCCAGUCGCUUGAGCCACCCCCGCGCCUUCUCUCAUGGUUGGAAGCUGUUUUGAAAAAAAAAAAGACAGAUUUCGGUGGUAAAUGUUUGGUCGAAGCACGUUACACUUUCCUUGCGAGUCGCAUGAUCCCUUUACAUCCAGAAGUUCUCAACUAUCUCGACAUCUCGGAGCAUGAACGAGAAACGUUGUGUUCGUUUAAGACUUGCUUUAUCCGGUGUAUAUAUUUUAGUUUAGCUGCAUGAAUCGUUUCAUAGCUGUGUUGACUGAAAGGGGUAACGUCAAACCGGACAUUGUAGCCUCGAAGGGACAGAAAUUUGUGCUCGUAGAUACCCGGGGUACAUGUAUUUUAUCGUUGGAACGUAUCGGGGCUUAUCAGCUAGCAGUGUUCCCUCUGUUCGGAGCAAGGGAGAAAGAUUGCAAGUGGAAGGGAUUAAAGGGUCGGUCGAAAGCGUGGCAUUCCUGUGUUUGCUUAAAUUUUUUUGCUCCCCUUCGCUCCUUUGCUUGAUUUUCAUUUCGCUUGAAACGAGUUUACCCAUCGAACGUUGUUUCUGUUUACGCUCGUUGCUAACGAAAAGCCAUUUAAAUCGUACGCUCGAAGGUACUUUAAACGAUAGAUCGACUAAAAAUAAGGCUCUCGGUGCAAUUUCAUCCGGGAGUCUUCGAUCACUCGUAGAGUUUCGAUCGGUUCUACUGGUAAUUAAUUAUAAAUCGUUUACGAUUAAAGGGUAAGCUAUAAUAUGUACCACGACCAUUUUCUUGACUGAAACUGGUACAACGGCAAUCAUUCACCAACUCGAUGUAACUUAAUUAGAUCGUUGAGGAAACGAAACCGUUAUUGUUUCAGCAAUAUUUAACCCCCGUAAUGUUUCAACCUCUUCGUAGAUUUAUCGUGUCGAAACCCUCUAUUUUCACGAAAGAUUCCGGAAUUUAAACUACAUUAUAUUUGUACUUUUUAUCGGGAACGAUGAUUCGAUUCGGCGUAGUUUUGUUAUCGAGCAGGUUGCUGCUCGCCAAGUUUUCCACGAUCUGGAUAUACAUUCGUUCGUUACUGUUCUCGAACGGUUCGCACUCGACCGUGGAGAUAAAAGAAGGAAAGUAACAAAAAUAGUACAACUCGCGUAGCAGGAGAACGAACGGUUUGUCUUGCCCCGUCGUUCGGGAAAGUUUGAACUUUCCUCAAGUUUUUUUUUUCUCCAGUCGUUCCACGGUCUGAAACGGGAUCCCGAAGAUCGCGAGGAUUCCUCGGGAAGAAAUUUUCGACGGGAAAUCACCGCGGCUGGUCGGUAAUCCGGCCUCGUUUCCGCAAUUCGUAAGUAGAGUUACGAAGUUAUUAAAGCCAGCUCCAUCCCACCGAUGGUAGUCCUCUCUCCUAAUCAACCAUGCGAGUUCCUGGGCUAUCCCGGAAACUUUGCUUCGGGAUGGUUUCGCCCGGAGAAGCGCAUACGUGCGUUGAUUAACCAUUAGCCGAGUUAAAUAAACCUCGUCUUGAAACAGACCUCUGUAACGCAGCGCUUUUCACGUGCCGGGUAAUGCUGUUGGCCGUGGCUCGCUCGGAUUUCCCUCGAAAAACUUCCCCGCCUCGUUUCGACACGUUGAUCGUUGCUUCUCGACAGUUUGAAAUCGUAAAUUUUCCAUACUUUUUUAAUGAAAUCGCUGAAACCGUGAAAGGCGUAUAAAAAUCGUGGAUAUUCCCUGUAAUAUUCGCUGACCGGUGGUCCCCUCUCACCAUCCAGCCGCCAAACUCUUCUUUUUAUACGUCCCGGCAAUACCUGUAAAUUAAAACAAAUAAACCCUGGACGAUCUGACAAUUUUGAAAGUUUUACCAAGAGUACGAUUCUGGGCAAAAGUCGUUCUUAAAGAACAGAUCAACGCCCCCCGAAUACGUCGGUUAAGGUGUUCAAUUUUAGAAUUAAGAAUCUACAAUCGAGAAAAAAUAGUCUAAGACACUGAUUUAACUCUAUAGUUGUUAAACUAAUAUUAACAUGUUCUUCGUGUAUACUAACAUUAUUGUAAUACAUGGUGUAAUAAACGAGCUUCGAUUUUUGAAUAACGUAAUAGUUAUUCGACGCAAAGAUCGAACGAUACGAUUUUAUUAAUGUUUUGCUUAAGUUUUUCAGUCGAAACGAAUGUUUCGAAUUCGCGUACUGUUUCUUAGGAAUGCACGUUGAGCAAAACCGAUAAAAUACGGAACGAGGUGGAAAGCGGUCUCGUUGGUUGUCUUAGUUGGUCUCUCUGUCGGACGUUAUUGGGACAAUAGAGACCAGGAAGCAACGCGAAGAGAAUUGCUGAUGAUGAUUCAGGCUCGUCUAUGGCCAUUCACGGAGACGACGGUCAAUUAAAUGCACGGCAAAUGGACUCUGGUUACUGCCUCGUUAAUCCACUCCGAUCCUAAAUGGAUCUUAAACGCGCUGCGGAACGUCACAUGGUCGAGGAAACUCCACGAACCACCUGCGGGAAAUUUUACGCCUUCGAUAUUCGCCGUUUCGCUUGCCAAGGUUCGUACUUUCGGUUGGGCGCCGUGGGUACGUAACGUGUAUUUUUAAUUUUAAUUUCAGAAUGCAAACAACGUUCGUCGAAUCGUCGAUUUCGCGCGCGUGCUUUCGAAAAGACUGGAGAGAAAUCGGAGU